AUGCGUGUGCGCCUACAGGACGAUAUGUCGGCUGAGAAAUUCGCGAAACAGUUACUCGAUAUAGGGUGUGGAAACAUUCCAACUGAUGAAUCUGCAAGAAUGACUCUGCCCGUUGAUUUUUGCACGAUGACAUCGUCUAAGGAGGAUUCGAUUGAGAAUGUCUUCCCACAAAUCGCAGUCAACUAUACGAACCGGACAUGGCUGAGCGCGCGAGCUAUUUUGGCUCCCACUAACAGGGAUGUUGAUGAUAUUAAUUUAUCCAUUCAAGAAGAGAUUCCAGGUUGCGAAGAAACAUACAAAUCGAUAGAUACCGUGUUGCACCAAGAUGACGCCGUCAAUUACCCGACCGAGUUCCUCAAUUCGCUCGAUUUACCUGGCAUGCCACCGCAUCUUCUCAGAUUGAAAGAGGGAGUGACGAUCAUCUGUCUUCGAAAUAUUCAUCCCCCAAGACUGUGUAACGGUACGAGACUCUCAGUCAAGAAACUCACGAAAAAUGUUAUUGAAGCGACAAUUUUGUCUGGUAAAUUCGGUGGUGAGCAUGUUUUGCUGCCCCGGAUUCCGUUAACCCCAUCAGAUGUUCCUUUUGAGUUCAGAAGGUUGCAAUUUCCCGUACGGCUCGCAUUCGCAAUGACGAUCAAUAAGGCUCAAGGUCAAUCUCUGCAAGUUUGUGGCUUGAACUUAGAAAAUCCGUGUUUUUCGCAUGGACAACUGUACGUGGCCUGUUCUCGAGUUGGAAAACCAUCGAAUCUAUUCGUCUACACACCUGAAGGGAAAACAAAGAAUAUCGUUUAUGACAAAAGCACUCAUAUGAAAAUAAUGUCCAACAAAUAG